CCCUUUUCUACGUCAACACUCCCACAUUGCCUCUAUCAAUGGCGGGCAAAUUUGACAUCCUGGUCUUUGGAGACCAGGCUGUAUCUUAUGACUCAUCAUUAUUGAAGCUUCUCUCAAAAAAGGGAAAUGCAAUAUUAUCAGCUUUGUUUGAAGAGGCUCACUAUACUUUGAGGGAAGAGAUAGCCCAACUUCCUCCAGCGGAGCAAGCAAAAUUCCCGCCGUUUUCAACGCUCGUCGAACUUUUGACGCAACAUGGCGCAUCAAAAAGCACCAAUUGUGCGCUCGACAGUGCCUUUGUUUGUUUACAUCAACUCGCUUUGUUCGUUAAUCAUUUCAGUGAAGCAUCUAUAACUUACCCCAACCCUACAACGACGUACACUGUCGGCAUUUGUAUUGGCCUAUUGGCAGCCACCGCCGUUAGUUGCAGUCAUGACGUAUUAGAUCUCGUUUCGAUCGCCUCGCAAACCAUCGCGACUGCCUUUCGGUUGGGAUUGCUUGUUCAAGAGAAAUCAGAGUCCAUCGAGAGUAACAAUGCCUCCACUGGGUCCUGUUCAUUCAUUGUGGGAGGUAUCAACGAAGAUACUGCCACCGAGCUUGUCAAAGAAUAUUGUUGCUGUGAAGGCGUCCCAUCGACUUCGACUCCCUACAUUAGCGCCGUUGGCAAUGGCAGCAUCACGAUGUCUGGACCGCCGACUUCAUUACGUCGAUUCUUCGCAAAGAGCCCGACAGUAAAGACCACGAGUGUCCCAGUCAACGGUCUCUUCCACGCUCCUCAUCUAUACUGCACCGCUGAUGUGGAACGAAUCUCUCGUCCGAGAAGCCGUUCCUUCAAAAAUCGUCCCCAGCUCAUUCCAGUUUUCUCAAAUGAAAGUGGUGCACAAACAUAUGCAAAGAGCUUCGAAAAGCUUCUUAUUUCCUCUUUAUCUGAGAUCCUGGAGAAGCAACUCCGAUGGGAUGCCAUCAUGGAAGGAUUGCUAGCCACGACAUGUGCCCAUGAGAGUUCGACCUGGGUGAUCUACCCAUUCGCGUCAGGAAGUGUUCAGGGCCUUGCCACUGCGAUAGGCCGAGCCCCAUCCACUACAGCGGAAAUUCAGAAGACCUUUGCACAAUCUCAACAAAGUGAAGAGACUAACGCUGAAUCACGAUCAGCUAAAGGAAAAAUCGCAAUCAUUGGGUUUUCAGGCCGCUUCCCCGAUGCAGACAACAACGAAGCAUUUUGGCAGCUACUCAUGAAUGGCCUAGAUGUACACAGGGAAAUUCCAAAAGAUAGAUUCGAUCCGUGGCUGUAUUAUGACCCGACGGGGAAGAAGAAGAACACCAGUGCGGUGACGAAGGGCUGCUUUAUUCGCCAACCUGGGCUUUUCGAUGCCAGAUUCUUCGGAUUGUCCCCGAGGGAAGCUGAACAAGCUGAUCCUGCUCAAAGACUUGCCUUGAUGACGGCCUACGAAGCCAUAGAAAUGGCUGGUUUAGUCCCAGAUGCGACACCAUCAACGCAAAGAAACCGGGUCGGAGUUUUCUAUGGGACCACAAGCGAUGAUUGGAGGGAAGUCAACAGCGGGCAGAAUGUGGAUACUUACUUUAUUCCAGGAGGUAAUCGUGCAUUUGUUCCUGGCCGCAUCAAUUACCAUUUCAAAUUCAGCGGACCAAGUUACAGCGUGGAUACGGCUUGCUCAUCUAGUCUGGCAGCUAUCCAUAUAGCUUGCAAUUCACUCUGGAGGAGAGACUGCGAUACCGUCAUUGCUGGCGGGACGAAUGUGAUGACGAACCCGGACAACUUUGCCGGUCUUGACAAAGGCCACUUUCUCUCACGGACAGGCAACUGCAAUACUUUUGACGACGCGGCUGAUGGAUAUUGCAGAGCUGAGUGCGUGGGAAGUGUCGUCUUGAAACGACUCGAAGAUGCACAAGCUGAUGGUGAUCCGGUCUUUGGGACAAUCCUAGGGACAGCGACCAACCACAGCGCUGAAUCGGUAUCCAUCACUCGACCCCAUUCUGGCGCCCAAGAAGCAAUUUUCAAGAGAAUAUUGAAUUCAGCAGGAGUAGACCAGUCCGAAAUCUCCUAUGUCGAGAUGCAUGGCACAGGGACACAGCAGGGCGAUGCUGUAGAGAUGAAAUCGGUGCUCAGUGUGUUUUCGCCGGAUUUGACCUCUCGGGCUCAGUCUUUACACCUUGGAUCUGCAAAAUCCAAUAUCGGUCACUCUGAGUCGUCCUCAGGUGUUGCAUCUCUCAUCAAAGUCCUCCUGAUGAUGGAGAACAGCACGAUUCCUCCCCACGUGGGCAUCAAGACGAAAAUCAACAGAAAUUUCCCGACGGACCUCGCACAAAGAAAUGUUCAUAUUGCGAUGAAACCAACUUCUUGGCCCAAGCCGCUAGCUAACCAGCCUCGAAAGGCUUUUGUGAACAACUUCAGUGCCGCUGGAGGGAACUCGUCAGUUUUGAUUGAAGAUGCACCAGUCCAGAAUCCGGGAAGAAACGACCCAAGGCCACUACAUCUGGUCGCUGUUUCUGCGAAGAGUUCCACCUCAUUGAAAAACAGCAUCAGGAGUCUACGCUCAUUUCUAGAUGAAAACCCAGAAAUAUCACUCGGCUCGCUCUCCUAUACGACCUCCGCCCGCAGGAUCCACCAUAACUUUCGGAUCAUGAUUAGUGGAAGUCAGAUUAGUGAUAUCAUAGAGGCGCUCAAAGUUAAGGAAGAAAGCGAGAUAUUCCUAUCUAUUCCUUCUACACCCGCGGACAUCGGAUUCUGCUUUACCGGUCAAGGCUCACAGUACCUCGGAAUGGGUCGACACCUCCUGGAAAUCCCUCAGAUCUGUGCUACUAUCAAUCGUUUUGAAGAGACUAUUCAUGCAUAUGGCUUUUCAUCAAUUCUACCAAUCCUUGAUGGAAGCUGUAGUGUCGAACUGCCCACACUGCCCCCCUCGACUUUGCAGUUAGCGAUUACCUGCCUACAAAUGGCUCUUCACAAGUUCUGGAAAUCUCUUGGCAUUCGCCCAAAGCUUGUUAUCGGGCAUAGUCUUGGCGAAUACGCCGCCAUGAAUGCUGCCGGAAUUAUCUCUGAUUCGGAAACGAUCUUUCUCGUCGGUGUGAGAGCCCGUCUGUUGGAGAAAUACUGUACUGUGGGCACCCACGCCAUGCUCGCUAUCAAGGCUUCAGUCCGGACCUUGGCUUCUUAUCUAGAGUCCCAAACAUCUUUGGAGAUUGCCUGCAUCAAUGGACCUGAGGACACGGUCAUUAGUGGCUCGAAUGCCGAUAUUGCAGCCCUUGCAAGUUCUCUCGCGAAUAGCUCCAUUAAAGCCACACAACUGAGCGUGCAGUUUGCCUUCCAUUCUGCACAAGUCGAGCCGAUGUUAGAUGCCUUCGAACAUGCCACAAGAUCAAUUAUCUUCAAGGAGCCAUCCAUCCCAAUAAUCUCUCCACUUUUCGGAAACGUUAUUACCGCUGCUUCAGACCUUGGUGAACCAAGUAAAUAUUUGAGCCGCCACUGCCGAGAAACCGUGAACUUCAAUGCAGCAUUGACGUCCGCAAGUGCAUCCAAGGCCAUUUCAGAAAAAAUGCUAUGGCUGGAGGUUGGUCCUCAUCCUGUAUGCUCGGCCAUGCUGGGGUCCACGCUCGGUUCUCAGUUCAGAGCCUAUCCUAGCUUACGAAGAACCGAGGACAGUUGGAAGACAUUGACAUCUACAUUGACUUCCUUGUACGAAAAGGGUAUUCCAAUCAACUGGCCCGAAUAUCAUCACGGCUUCAAAGACGAUCUCAGAGUUUUGAAACUGCCAUCGUACAAGUGGGACUUGAAAAACUAUUGGAUUACAUACAGGCACGACUGGUGCCUGACUAAAGGCGAUGCCCCACCUCAGGUUGCACCUUCUCCACCUUCAGAUGAGAAGAGCUCUACUCAGAACUUCACAACCUCUGUCCAGAGGAUCACGGAUGAGAUUUUUUCUACUACAGAAGCCUCUGUUACAGCCGUCUCUGAUCUCAACAACCCUGAAUUUCAAAAGCUACUCGAAGGUCAUCGAGUGAAUGGACAACCACUGUGUACAUCAUCUGCGUAUGCUGAUAUGGCACUGACACUUUUCCAUCACCUUCUUGAACGAUCGCCUCUCCCUGACAAGAAGGAAUUGGGAAUAGAAGUGCGAUCCAUGGUUGCCGGGAAGUCUUUAGUUUUCGCUGGCCAGUCGUCCCAACGCAUAAGAAUGUCUGCGUCCGCAAACUGGUCUACAAGGACAUCCUCCUUUAGUCUCUGUAGUAUUUCCGAGGACGGGAAGCCAACUAUCAACCAUGCAAAUUGUGUAGGCGCUUUCUCCCCGCGCAAAGAUUGGGUUAGUGAAUGGAAACGUCAAGAAUUUCUCAUCAAAUCUCGCAUCGAACAUUUACAGCAAACCCUCCAUGACUCGGACUCUGCUCAUCUCAUCAAGACCAGGAUGUUCUACAAGCUUUUCAGCGCUCUGGUUGACUAUUCGGACGGAUUCAAGGGUUACCGCGAGCUCAUCCUCCGCUCAGCUGACCACGAAGCUACCGGAAAAGUCAAGUUCACUCCUGCCUCAAGUCAGUCUGGUACCUGGUUCUGUAAUCCUUACUGGAUCGAUAGCAUUGGCCAGAUUACUGGAUUCACAAUGAAUGCCAACGAUUUUGUGGACCUUAAAAAGACGGUGUACAUUAACCAUGGCUGGAAGAAUCUGAGAAUUGCAGCUCCGUUCUCGGCGGAGAAGACGUAUCAGACAUAUGUUAAGAUGCAGAAGCAGGGCGCAAAUGAAUACUCGGGUAACAUCUACGUUCUUGAUCAAGGCGAAAUUGUCGCAGUCUACGAAGGUGUGACCUUUGCAGCGAUAGAAAGGAAGGUGCUGGAUUUGGUAAUACCUAAUCCGUUGACUAAAAAACAGGUCAUGCUUCAGUCAUCCAUAGCACCAAAUAAUAAGUCACAGGUCUCUAUGUCCGCUCCCAUGCCUGCCCCGAUACCUACGCUGACACCGACGAACUCUCAUUUGGGAGUUGAUAGAGUCAAAGCAAUUAUUGCGGAGGAAGUUGGGGUACCCAUUUCGGAUAUUGACGACAACGAAGAACUUACAAAUCUGGGUGUGGACUCAUUGCUGUCCUUGACGAUGUCGGAAAAGAUUCGCGAAGAGGUUGGGAUUGCUAUAGAUUCCCGAGUAUUUCUCGAAGGUACCACAGUCAAAGGUCUCUGCGAACUUAUCGCACCAAAGCCGCCCACUUCUGAACCGUCCACUACGCCGAUUCUCACUGACUCGAGCACGAGCAUGAGCACGAGCACGAGCACGACCUUGAGCGAGAGCGGUCACACUACACCAAUGACGAUAUACCCGCCUGCUUUAGGCCUAGUUGAGUCGCGAGGUUCAACUCAUACCUUACUUGAUACUGUGACCAGGAUCCUGUCCGAAGAGAUCGGAGUCCAGCCUUCUGAUUUGAAAGAUGAUGCUGAGCUUUCGAGUCUCGGACUGGAUUCGUUGAUGUCAUUGACGGUCUUGAGUGAGCUAAAGGAGAAGUUGGGAUUGGAACUGGAGCCCGACUUCUUGCUUACGUAUGAUACUAUGGGUGCGAUUCGCCAAUCGCUCAUGCAACAUGCUACAGAAUUCUCAAACGCUACGACGACCGAUUCACAUAUUCCACAGCUCUCCGUAAGCCCUUUAAUGCCACCCGCUUCUUCUGUGCUUCUCCAAGGUAACCUCAAAACCGCCUCGAAAACACUCUGGCUCUUCCCGGACGGCUCCGGCCUCGCCACUUCUUACCUCAGCCUACCAGAAAUUGGUACAAAUACCGUGGUUUUGGGGCUAAACAGCCCAUUCAUAAAAAAAGCCGAGGAAAUGAAAUGCACACUCCGCGAACUCAGCACCGUAUACCUUGCUGAAAUUCGCCGCCGUCAACCUCACGGCCCGUAUUUCCUUGGAGGAUGGUCCGCAGGUGGCAUCUGUGCCUACGACUGUGCCCAGAACCUCACCGCGGCAGGCGAAACCGUCUCCCGCCUCAUCUUACUCGAUUCACCCAACCCCAUCGACCUAGAAAUGCUCCCUCCCAGCCUAUACGAACUCUUCGACUCGAUGAAUCUCUUCGGCGAAGCCGGUCGCAAGCCUCCUGCUUGGCUGUUGCCGCAUUUCCUAGCAUUCAUCAAUGUGCUUGAUACGUACAAACCGGUCCCCUUUCAGCACAAGGCUGGGCCGGAGACGUGGAUUCUUUGGGCGAAAGAUGGAGUAGCGAAAAGGGGCGGUGUUGAGGUUAAGGGGGAUGAGACAAGGGAGAUGAGGUGGUUGUUGAAUGAGAGGACUGAGUUGGGUGGGAAUGGAUGGGAUCAAUUGGUUGGGGAGGAGAGGUUGAGGAUUCAGGUUUUGGAGGGAAGUGAUCAUUUCAGUAUGCUGAAGGAGGGUAGGGAAAAGGUUGGGUCAUUCAUUAGGAGCGCUAUGGAGUGAAUGUGAUUAACGGCUUUGGUGUUUCCAAGUUUUGAAUGAUAGGAGAGGCUAUUUGAUCUUGUUGGAUUGGCGUUAGCUAGUGGCGAGGUUGCCGCUACGCCACGCUAUGAAUAAAGAAGAACAUGCAAGGUCCACGUCGUUUGGUACUUUCAAUUAAAGAAGCAGCCAACCCUGGCUAGCGUUUUAC